AUGCUCCACAGGAUCUUCUUACUUUGUCUCGGUCUGAGCGUGGCAGGCUCGGCGCUGAGCUGCAGAUGGAUGGAUCACAAGUUCAAACAGCUCAGUGAGAACUCUUUGGAUCUACUAGAGAUGAUGGCUCAUAACUCCACUAACUCCACUGAGGAUGUUGAAGUGUUCUUCCCUGAGGAUCUGUACAGUCAGACGUCCAAAGCAGCAGCUGAGGAUAAACUUGCGCUCACGGUGCAUGUUCUGGAGGAGGUGGUGCUGCUGUUUGAGGAGGACCACAGCGCUGCAUCAUGGGACGACAGAAGAUUGGAGGACUUCCUCAACGUCAUGAGCCGACAGGCUGUCGGCCUUCGCUCCUGUAUUGUGAGAGACAGCCACAAGAAGAAGAACAAGAAGCUGCGCAUGUAUUUCAAGAGACUGUCACGUCAUGUGCUUCAUCAACUGGACUACUCUGCUGAAUCCUGGGAACUGAUCAGGAAGGAAAUUAAAGGUCAUCUGAUGAGAUCCGACCUGCUGCUUUCAUCUCUACUCGCCGGCAACUAG